GGAAAUAGAAAACGAGAGCCUCGGGUGGCGCAGGAAGAGGAUUCUGGCAGAAAGCGGACGGCUGAUAUGGGGCGAAUCGGUGAAACGCUCAGGCAUUUGCCAGGGACAACCUCCCGGGUCCUUGCUCCCUCCCACGGACUGCGGGAGGCUGUCCUUACACUGGACUGAAGCUGCUCGAGAGCUGCGGUUCACCGCUUCAUGAUUUUCUGCCGAUUCUGGGCAAAGAUGGCAACGAGUGAUGCUGUUCUGAAGCGGCUGGAGCAGAAGGGUGCAGAGGCCGAUCAGAUCAUUGACUAUCUCAAGCAGCAGGUCGCUCUUCUCAAGGAGAAAGCAAUUUUACAGGCAACUUUGAGAGAAGAAAAGAAGCUCCGAGUUGAAAAUGCUAAACUGAAAAAAGAAAUAGAAGAACUAAAGCAGGAGCUAAUUCAGGCAGAAAUUCAAAAUGGAGUGAAGCAAAUACCAGUCCCAUCAAGUGCUCUGCUGCAAGCUGAUUCUGCUGUCUCUGCAAGUGUGACACAGUCUACUUCAGUAACAACAACCUCCUCUUCUGGGACAAAAGAGCACAUCAAAGGAGAGGGAGGAGAAGAAAAGAAGGUAAAAGAGAAGCCUGAAAAGAAAGGGGAAAAGAAGGAGAAGAAGCAGCAGGCGGCGGCAGCAAGUGCUGACUCUAAGCCAGUAGAUGUAUCACGCCUGGAUCUUCGAAUUGGUUGUAUUGUUACUGCCAAAAAACACCCUGACGCAGAUUCGUUGUAUGUAGAGGAAGUAGAUGUGGGAGAAGCAGCCCCACGAACAGUUGUCAGUGGACUGGUGAACCAUGUUCCUCUAGAACAGAUGCAAAAUCGGAUGGUGAUUUUACUUUGUAAUCUGAAGCCUGCAAAGAUGCGGGGAGUGCUGUCUCAAGCAAUGGUGAUGUGUGCUAGUUCACCAGAGAAGGUGGAAAUUCUGGCCCCUCCUGACGGCUCUGUUCCCGGAGACAGAAUUACUUUUGAUGCUUUCCCUGGAGAGCCUGACAAGGAGCUGAACCCUAAGAAGAAGAUCUGGGAGCAGAUCCAGCCUGAAUUGCGCACCAAUGAUGAGUGUGUGGCCACAUACAAAGGGACUCCCUUUGAGGUGAAGGGGAAGGGAGUUUGCAGGGCCCAAACCAUGGCCAACAGUGGAAUCAAAUAAGUGAAGUGCUCUGUAACGGAAGACACUGAAGAAACCUUAAUAACAAUAAAGAGGAAUAUAUUUGUCACACAUGAAA